AACGCCACUGCAAUUUUUGGGUCCAGGAGCGAAAAACUAUGUCAACUCCCUUGGGGUUCAUUUUUGCUUUUGAGGCAGACGGCUGUCGGGAGUAUAGGCGUAGCUUUUGUUCCUUCAUAUUCAAAUCAUGCCACUGUUGCCUUUGAUAUGUCACAAUGCUAUAAUAGAAAUGUUAGUCGCGCAAGCCCCUUUCAUGGUGGAGUGCAUGUGUAUUGGUUUGGCUUUCCGUCCAUAGACUGGCUUCUCACACUCAUUGAUCACAUUCUGUAAUUUAGACACUCCUCGUGCUUGGACGACCGUUACGUGUUGCGAAUCACACCAUGACAAAUAUUCACGUUGGUGGUUGUUUGCCUGAGAUGUGCCCCCCCCCCCCCCAGAGCCUCUUUUGAGCGAGAGGAUUGUAAAUGGAGUCCGUAUCAUGAGCAGUCAAUGUGCAGGAGCUGAAGCUGAAGCUCUGAUCUAUUGUGAAGUUUCCCCGGGCUCGUUCAGUCUCCAGGCCUACACUGAAUUACUUGAAUGGCGGAAAUGGCUCACCACGACAGUGACCUUUUCUUGGAUGAUUAUUACCCGGGUUUUCCCGGGCCGCGAGCAGCCGUAGUGAACGAUCAUGCUGGCCUGUAUCCAGAGACGGCAGAACCUGUCGUCGCAGCGUCUGCCCUGCACUCCCAAGAGCCUCGAUGUCCCUCCACCGCCAUUACUGCUGCCGGUACCACCACUGCAGCGCUGCACCGGCAAAGGCGAGCCAGCCUCCAUGAUUUCCCGGUACCCUUCUCCUGCAGAGUUGGACGCGUUUGCCCAGAGGACCGCCAACAGUCCCCUGUCCAUCAAAAUCUUCCCAUCUGACGUCAGGGUGCCACAGCACAAACAGCUCAACAAAACCGUCAACGGCUUGGACACCACGGGCCAUCGCUCCAGCCCGUACUCCCACCCGUGCUCAGGAGGCAGCCGGGGCCUGUUGGCCACCGUCAAAGCCUCUGUGGUAGUCAAAGGUGUGGCGAAAUACUCCGAGGGCAGGAGGACUAAACACGCAAACACCCAGGCUUCUGUGGCACCGUAUAAUAAUCCCCUGAAUAAUGGCUACGCCGUCAGACAUGGGCACAAGGCCUAUCAGAUGAGCGCACGUAAGCUCUCUGAUGUGCCCAUCGAGACACUUUGUUCUGGUGCGGGGAUGACCUCCGGAGAUCAGAGCUUGCCCCCGCAGUCUGAGCUGGCGGAGGUUCAAAGCCUGAUGAGGCAGAUGAGCAGGGUUCCCCACAGCCAGGCCCUGCAGCUGGGGGGAGAGGCUCGAGUCAGCCCCUCUCUGCAGGCCGUGGCCGCGGUGGCAAACUCAGACUCAGACUUCGUUCUGGGAGUGCCGCCCCAGAGCAGUCUGGCAUUCGCAGCAGCGAUGCUCCCGACGCAGAGUGCCGACAUGGCCAAAGCUGGUUACUUGGAGAAAGGGGACUACACAGUGUGGCAGCACAAACAUCAGAUUCAGCAGCAGCAGCAGCAGCAGCAGCAGCAGUCGUAUCAGCAGGUAGCGCUGAGGAUGUACAGUGUGGGUAACAAUGCUCAGGGGCAUAGAGCAGCACAGGCUGGGGUCGGCCAGUCUCCUGAAAGCUGCCUCCCUCUGGCGUGCUCCUCGCAGCUGUCCUACCGGCCGCCUCCUCCCAGUUUCGGCGCCGGGCAGGAGCGAGUCGGCGGCUCCGCUCUCAACUGUGCCGUCAUGCAGGGGGAGUUCUCCGUGGGGCCGUACUUUGCCCCUCUCUGGGACAGCGCGGUGACCACCCCUAACAGCGACUGUUACACUUCUCAGGUGCUGGCGACGGGCACGUGUGCAGCCAGGCCUCAAGACCUCUACCCCCACCUCCACCCGAACCGCCAUCAACGCCACCACCCUCAGCGGCACCCGCCGCAGCUCCACGCGCCCCUCCCCCCCCACAUCCAGGCCUACAGCGCAGACCAAAACCUCUGUUGCGGGCUGCCUAGCUCCAGCCUGUGCCACGCCGCAGUACUUAGCAGCAGCCUGCAGUCUCUGGAGUGCCUCAUCAGUGAGAUCCAGCCUCCCUGCAUCAAAGAGCGCAUGCUGGGCCGCGAGUACGAAGCCAUGGGAAUGCCUCAGCUGCUGGAGCACCAUCAGAAAACCCACAUCCAACUCCCCGUCUACAGAUGAGACGAGGCGCCUGGAGCCCAGCGGGGCGCAGGAGUGACAAACCUGACAGUGGAAGAGUGUCAGUGCAGACGUCUAUGAGAAUGAGACAUGCCUUUUUUUUCUUUUCUUUUUUACGUUUGUGCAUGUGCUGUAUCUGUAGGAGGCUUGGUGUCAUAAGCCUGAAGGUAAAUGAUAAUCAUGACUAAAGAUUUUAAGGUUUAUCUUAUGGACUUUUUUUGUGUUUUGUUUUUGAUAUCUUAAAUGGCCAUCAAAUACGCCUGCUGUUCUUCAUUUGAUACUGAUGCUGAGCACACAAUCAGAAUUAGCCAUCACAUUUUAACAUGUGACCACUGUCUGUUGUUGGAGGUGCUUCCUCCGUCGGCCUUUACAAACAUUUGCUAAACUGAUAUAAGCAUUGGUACCCUUCUGAAAACACGUUAUCUUGUUAACUGUAUUUGUGAAUAUAUUUCUUACUUCUGAAAUGAAAUCACGGCCGCCCGUCGCUCCGCUGUGGAUUUGGUUGCGUCCUCUUUUUGUCAGGGACUCCUGUGUGAAAAGACACCGCAGUACGACGCGGGUCUCCUGGACACUGUGUGGGGAACACUUUUGAUCAUUUGUGUACAAAUUUGAAUUUUUUUUUCUCCUUUUUUUUUUCAUCAUGCAGUCAUAGACAAACUUAUGUAAUUUAAGAUCUUGGUUGAUUUUAAUGUAGCGAUGCUCAACUCAGCAUAUUAGGUUCUGUUGCAUAUCCAAAUCGACACUGUGGCAUUCAGGCCAAGCAAGAUGUGCCCUCUUCUUCGGUUGAGUUUUUUGUUAACUUUUCAAAUUCUAAGCGGUUGUGUGGACAUUUUUUCUUGAAUGACAAUGUUUCGCCUCUGGCGGGUUUGUGGCACUGUCACACAACACCUGGGAGUAAUGGGAGUGCCAUGUCGGGAGAGCAGGCCACCUGAAUCAUUUACGGUCUUCGUUUUAGGGCUAUAUCAUCUCCGACGGCGCGAGACGUGUGACUGAGUAAAUCUUUGUGUGUCUGCACUGGUUCUGUAAUACUAUUUAUUUAUGUCGGCCUGUUGAGUUACAUAGCAAAACUGUCUCUAUAAUUAUAAAGUGCAAUUAUUAUAUAUGA